AUGGCUCCAAACAAAAACGAUUCCAAUGGACCAGUGGAUGGCGUACAAGCGAUCAAGGUAUUUUCACGAGGCAUGACGCUUCUAUUUGUGACAUUACUGUUAGCUACAGUGGUAGCUUGCGACAUCGCGAUGAAGAUGAAUAUUCUGUCAAACCACCCAAGAUACUUUUUACCAAGUGAUAGCGAUGUGCUUGCAAAUGAUGAACACGAGAAUACGAUCGGCAAUAAUAGCCAGAAAGGAUCGUUCUGUAGUCCGCGCACGGUUAAUGUGAGCGCAGUUGAGUAUCAUUCGCAUCAUCGCUAUUAUACCCUUUUGAAAGAUAGUAAAUUCGAGUCACCAAGGUUCAAAAGUCACCAUGCUGAGUUAUGCAACAAUAGUGUUUCAGAUGACAUCGGCUACAAACACUGUCUACCAAUUUCAGGGCGAAAAGACUCGCCAUUUUGCACAGGUGCCGAUCGAAUGGAUCUUCUUACUCAGCACACAAGUCAGUCUCGUUGUUACGCCAGCGUACUUCACAUGCUUCUUGUCGAAGUUUAUGAGGAGCUCCAUGCAUUUAAUAAAACCCCUCUUGUUGUCUAUGGCUCACUUCUUGGUGCAGUUCGUAAUCAAUCCAUGAUCCCUUUUACGGAAGACACUGACAUCGCAUAUAUUGGACACCUCGAUAGAAACAACGAAUUGGGUCAAGCAUUAGUAUCCAAGGGCUAUCACUUUUUCUUUUUUGGUAUUUGGCGUGUUUGUGUGGCCCCAACACACCCUCUUGCUUCCAUUUUGUAUGAUUCACAAAUGUCAAUCGCACAAGAUUAUCUAGUCCCAUACGUUGAUCUGUACGCAAUGGAAAAACUUAACGAGACAGAUUGGAGUUUGGAGAUGUUUGGAUCAAACACUAUUCCAGCCCAAUUCAUAGAACCGUUUUCGCAAGUAUCAAUUAAUGGCUUGCCAUUUAACACAGUGCAUGAUCCACACUAUUUUCUAACUACAUUGUAUGGCGAAGAAUACAUGAGUCCGAAACCACGCUAUUGA